UCACCUCUGACGGAGUCCAGCCACCAUGGAUGCCAAGGAAUUCCGACAGCGAGGCAAGGAGAUGGUGGACUACGUGGCAGAUUACAUAGAAGGCAUCGAGGGACGCCAGGUGUACCCUGAUGUGGAGCCUGGCUACCUGCGUCCCCUGAUCCCUAACACUGCACCCCAGGAGCCUGAAACAUUUGAGGCGAUCAUCAAGGAUGUGGAGAGGAUAAUCAUGCCAGGGGUGACGCACUGGCACAGCCCCUACUUCUUCGCCUACUUCCCCACAGCCAGCUCAUACCCGGCUAUGCUGGCAGACAUGCUGUGUGGGGCCAUCGGCUGCAUUGGCUUCUCCUGGGCAGCAAGCCCGGCCUGCACAGAGUUGGAGACGGUGAUGAUGGACUGGCUUGGGAAGAUGCUGCAGCUGCCGGAAGCCUUUCUGGCAGGGAAAGCUGGAGGGGGAGGCGGGGUGAUCCAGGGCAGUGCCAGUGAGGCCACUCUGGUGGCCCUGCUAGCAGCUCGGACCAAAGCGGUACGCCACUUGCAGGCUACUUCCCCAGGGCUGACACAGGCUAUGAUCAUGGAGAAGCUGGUGGCCUAUGCAUCUGACCAGGCACAUUCCUCAGUGGAAAGAGCUGGGCUGAUUGGAGGAGUGAAACUGAAAGCCAUCCCUUCUGAUGGCAAGUUUGUCAUGCGAGCAUCCGCCCUGCAGGAGGCCCUGGAGAGGGACAAGGCUGAGGGCCUGAUUCCAUUCUUCGUGGUAGCUACGCUGGGGACCACUUCCUGCUGCUCAUUUGACAAUCUUUUAGAAGUGGGACCUAUCUGUCACCAGGAGAGCCUGUGGCUGCACAUUGAUGCUGCUUAUGCGGGCAGCGCCUUCAUCUGCCCUGAAUUCCGGCCCCUUCUCAAUGGAGUGGAGUUUGCAGAUUCUUUCAACUUCAAUCCACACAAGUGGCUUUUGGUGAAUUUUGACUGUUCCGCCAUGUGGGUGAAAAAGAGAACUGACCUUACUGGAGCCUUUAAGAUGGACCCCACCUACCUGCAGCACAGCCACCAAGACUCGGGGCUGAUAACUGACUACAGGCACUGGCAGCUACCCCUGGGCCGGAGAUUCCGCUCCCUGAAGAUGUGGUUUGUUUUCAGGCUGUAUGGAGUCAAGGGGCUGCAGGCCUACAUCCGUAAGCACGUCCAGCUGUCGCAUGAGUUUGAGUCUCUGGUGCAGCAAGACCCUCGCUUUGAAAUCUGUGCAGAAGUCACACUAGGGCUGGUCUGCUUUCGGCUAAGGGGUUCCAACAAACUAAACGAAGCUCUUCUGGAAAAAAUAAACAGUGCCAGAAAGAUCCACUUGGUCCCCUGUCACCUCAGGGACCAGUUUGUGCUGCGUUUUGCCAUCUGUUCUCGCACCGUGGAAUCAGACCACGUGCGCUUCGCCUGGGAGCACAUCCAGGGACUGGCCACAGAGCUUCUGAGAGCAUAGAAAUGAACCCCUUCAGAGAUCAAAAGCUGAAAAGAAAUAUAUAUCUGACAACUGGAAUGACAUGAACCUGAUCUCAUCUUUACUCCAUGGAACCCUGCCACCUGUGUCUUUCUCCAAAGUUAUCCAGAAGCUGUGAUGGCAAUUUAGCCACUCAACAAUGAAGAAACAUUAUGAGCUCUAUGAAAUGUGAAUCUUAGUGGAUAUAGCUUUUACUCAUUAUUUGAUUGUUGGUUUUUGUUGAUAAAAAAAAAAAAAAUCAGCUUUUCUGUGUCCCCAAAGGCAGUCAGUGGUGUGAAAAAAGUUUAUUGAAAUGUUUCCUGAGGUCAUCUGUGCUCUUAAAUUGUUCUUUGUUCUCCCAUGUGGCUCAGUGCUUAAUAAACAAUUUGAAGUGGCAGUA